GCCACAACCAGUCAGUUGUCGAACUGCAUCUCGCGCGGACUCGGUGUACCGCGCCAACCUGACAUCACAUCCACUAUGAACACCCGAAUUAAACCUACUGUGAUAUAGUGAUAAUUUUUAAAACUACAAGUGAUUGCUUUGAUAGUUAAGAUAUUGAAAAACUUGGGUAUGUGGGCUGAACUCAAGUUUGCCUUACCAUAUUGAUUAAAAAAGGUUGUUCCGCCAACGCGAAAUGUUGACGUAAUGAGUCAGACGUGCUGGGACACAAGGACGAUGAGCUCAAUAAGUAUGACAAAUAUGUGAAAUAAAUACAUAUGCAACAAACAGUUCACCCACGAUCACGACAAUAUAUCAGAAUAAUGGCACAAAGACUUUUAAUAUACUGCUCCAUUGUGGUUUUGGCCGCUCCUAUUGUACAAUGUAUAUCUGUGGUCGGUCCCAAAGUGCUGAGACCGUUCAGCACGUAUAGCGUGGCUAUAGCUGGUGGCUCCCGCGCCCACAAUCUUUACGUAGCUGUAGAGGGAAGGCGGGUCAAUGGAGAACAGUUCACGCAAGGACAAGAGGUGCAAAUACAAGCCGCUACGUCUAGACACAUCGAGUUCAAUAUUGGUGAACUAGGUCCUGGACAAUAUUCAUUAAUAGCGCGGUCCACAUCAGGGCCUCUAUUCUCAUCAUCAGCGCCGCUAGUAUACCAACCACGCAGUUUCUGUAUAUUCAUACAGACCGACAAACGGGUGUAUAACCCAGGAGAUACCAUCAACUUACGCGUUAUCGCCUUGAACAAAUACUUGCUACCUUUAACCGGUACAGUGGACGUCAGUGUGCUGGAUGCUGGAGGUUCACCAGUCAGGCAGUGGGCCGCAGUUCCGUUGGAUAGAGGCGUCUUCACGGACUUGUUGGAUCUUGCCGAUGAGCCGGCACUAGGAGAAUGGACAAUUCAGGUGGAAAUACGUGGGCAGACAUAUUCGCGACAGAUACUAGUGGCGGAUUACGUGAUGCCCAAGUUCCAAAUGGAUCUACAAAUGCCAAAAGAGCUGCUUUUUAGCGAGGGACGAUUUAACAUCAAUGUCACUGCUAAGCAUUUCAAUGGUUUACCAGUGCGUGGGGAAUUAACUAUUUCUGCAUACAUUGUCUUCUUCUCGGGACUAUUACAACCAGUGUUUUCAUCGCCGUCUCGAAAAGUUGUCGAAAUCAAUGGCAACACACAAGUAACAUAUGACCUCAAAACUGACCUAGAUCUCGCGGAAGACGAAGCGAGGCCUUUGGUUAUCGAAGCCGUUAUUGAGGAAAAGGAUACACUCAUCAGACAAAACGUGUCAUCGAGAAUACUUUUGUUGAGGACACCGUACAGGUUGAAGGUGACGGCGCCUGAGUACUUCAAGCCUAGUCUACCUUACAAUGUUCAAAUUGAGGUGACAGAUUCAUCAGGUGAAGUAAUGAACACUGGUGGCGAAGUUACAGUGGAGCGUCUUUGGGACGAUGGCGCUCCAUCCAACACAACCACUGUCUCUUUGAAAAAUGGCCUCGCCACAUACACUCUAGUACCAGAACCGGCGUAUACCAACUCAACGCUAAAUUUACAGGUUCGUUACAAAGAAAUAACAGAGCGGGUAGUAAACGUGCAAAGUAGUCAGGCGUCCGCAAACCAGUACCUAACGGUGGAACUCCUCACACGGGGGACAGCAGUCGGAGACGAGAUGCGUGCUCGGAUAACUGCUUCGGAACCAAUGGACUUGGUACAUUACGUCGUUAUUGGACGUGGCGAUAUCCUCAUUGCCAAGACUUUGGAGUUGAACCCGGUCCGUCGCAGCGUGGACGUGUCGGUGUGGGUGACGGCGAAGAUGUCACCGGGCUGCAUACUGCUGGCCUGGUACCCGCGGCUCGAUGCCGCCAGGUAUCCCAUAGUGGCCACCGCCGUUUACGCGCCGCAGCGGAACUUAUUACAACAUAAGGUGUCAGUGAGACCGACGGUGAACAGCGUGCGGCCUAGCAGCGUGGUGGAAGUGCAGGUGGAGGCGGAAGCGGGCAGCAUGGCCGCGUUGUUGGUGCAGCCGGCCGCCGCCGCGCGCGCUCACCUCGCAUCGCCGAGAGGACUUGGCAGCGGACUCGACAUCAACACGAUCGAACGGGAAGUAGAGAGCUUCAUAGGUUUGAAGCAUUCGUUCUUUAAGAACGAGGACUAUCUGCCUAGCGCUGGGGUUGACAUAGGAGGCAGCAGUCCCAUGGACGUAUUCCAGAAUGCUGGUGUCAUAAUCUUAACUGAUGGAGUGAUAAUUCAGAGUAAUAAACGGGACGAGUCUAGUGAAGUGGAGAGCGGCACCCGCGCGCCGCUGGCGGGCCCGUACGCGUUCAGCCGGCUGCCGCCGCCGCCCGCGCCGCGCCUCUACCUCACGGAGGUACUACCGCCGGUCUCGCACACCACACGAGUCUUCAAUAACUUCACCGUUGGUUCCGACGGCAAGGACUCAAGUGAAAUUCGAUCCCCAGGCUUACCCUCAGAACUCAUAGUAGGAGGCUUCGCUAUAGAUCCGAAUUUGGGUCUCGGUCUAGCUGAACCCACCACUUUAUCGGUUACUUUACCGCUCUCCGUAACAUUGGAACUACCAACCACCAUGCAAAAAGGGGAGACAUUGGCUGCAAUCGUAAUGCUGAAGAGUACCCUUACAGUCGACAUUACCGCUGAAGUCACGUUCCAUAAUUCUGAACAAUACUUUGAGUUCGAACCAUUGGACAAUGAUGUCGGCUCGUCUAAAAAAAUCGAGCUAUUUCAGCGAAACAGCGUGAAGGUUCCAGCACAGGGAACGGCCAGCACGGCGUUCCUUGUAACGAUCAUCCGCGAUGGCGGCGCUCCCGUAAUGGUCGAAGCCACCGGGAAUGGAUACUCCCAUUCUGUUUCUCGAACCAUCGACGUUAUGGACGGGUACGAGGAGGACGCGUGGUCGUGGGGCAUGGUGGAGGCGGGCGGGGCUGGCGCGCGGGUGGGGCUGUGGUCGGCGGCGGGUACGCGCGGCGCGGGCGGCGGCUGUCACGUGUGGGCGGCGGGCGAGCCGCUGGCGGUGCCGCUGUCGGCCGCGCUCGCCCGCCCGCCCGCGCCCGCCGCGGACGCGCCGCACGCGCUCCGACCGCUCGCGCUCGCCUGCGUACUCAUCGACUACUUGAAGAUUAAAGAUCAGCCGGUGCCUACAAAGAUCCACUCCCUAAUAUCAACCGGUUUCCAACGGUUGAUGGCGUAUCGCCGCCCAGAUGGUUCAUUCGCACCAGAGGCGAACAGUGAAGUCGAAGGAGAUGUAUGGACGACAGCGGUUUCCGCGCGGUGGUUGGCGCGGUGCGCACGACACGUGCAGGCGGCGCCGGACGCGGGCGUGCGCGCGGCGCGCUGGCUGGCGGGACGACAGCGCGGCGACGGCGGCUGGCAGAACGCGCGCCCCACGCACGUGCUCGCACCGCUGGCACAGCGGCCGGUGCCGCUCACCGCGCACGUCCUGCUCGCGCUACUACAGACCAAGGGUAGCGACGUGCUGUACAAAGACAACAUCGAGAGCGGUGUGGAGUACAUCGCGCGUGGGUUGUCGCCGCAGCUGGACGCGUACUCGUUGGCGGUGGCCGCGGCCGCGCUCGCCGCCGCCCGCAGCCCGCACGCGGCCACCGCGCUGCAGAUGCUCGACCGCUACGGGAACACCACCGGUUCGGGUGCGUACUGGUCGCGGCCCGUGCGGGGCGCGGAGUGGCGCAACCCGUGGCUGCGCGACAACAGCGUGGACGGACGCACGGCCGCGUGGGGGCUGCGCGCGCUGCUGGCCGCGCCGCCCGCCGCCGCCGCCGCCGCCGCCGCCGCCGCCGCGCGCCCGCUCGCCACCUACCUGCUGCGGGCCGCCGCCGCGCGCCACCCUGACCCCGACGUCGUCGAUGCAUUAGCUCAGUUUUCUGAAUCCAUUCGAAUAUCAAGUAACUUAAGAAUGUCAGUGAACGUGAGCGAUUCUGAAGAACCCAGACAGUUCCAAAUUACACCAAGCAAUGCUUUUGUAAUGCAAAAUCAACAAAUUCGCAACGUUCGUAACGUGAGCGCCGUAUCAGAAGGCAGCGGCAUCGCUGUGCUGGGUCUAUCAGUUAAGGGCUACACGAAUGUGACAGCCGCGUGGCCCCGGUAUACCCUCGACCCGCGGGUCGAUCAGGUCUCCACCAGCUACCGGCUCCAGCUCUCCAUCUGUGUCGGGUUUGUAGCUCAAGGCAAUGACACAGAAAGUGGACUUACUCUCCUUACCGUCCAGUUGCCAUCUGGAUAUUUGGCCGAUAUAAAUACACUUACGGAAUUAACGAGCGGGCGGCACGUGGUGGGCGCGCGGCUGCAGGCGGGCGGCGAGCGCGUGGUGGCGUGGCUGCGCGCCGCUCGCUCCGAGCGUUGCGCCACGCUGGCCGCGCCACGUGCUCUCGCCGUCGCCAGGCAGCGGCCCGGCUGGGCCACGCUCAUCGAUCUCUACGACUCCAGUCACCGUGCGCGGCAGUUCUUCCAGCCGGUGGCGAGCACCGCGUGCGAGGUGUGCCGCGAGUGGUCGUCGUGCGCGCGUGCGUGUGGCGCGGCCGCCUCGCAGCGCGCGCGCCGGCCCGCGCCCGCGCCCGCCGGGACCCCCGGGGCCCCUGACGCCGCCGCCCCCGUCGCGCCUGCACACGUCCUCCUACUGCUACUUCUCAGUUUUACACACUUUAUCAAUCUUGCAAUGCGAUAGCCGACAGCGAAUUCGCAG